AUGAAUAUUUCUCUCAUCAAAAUUCUUCAAUGUUUCUCACUUUUCUUUAUUUCUCCAAUAUUUUGUACCAACAUAACAUACAAUCAAGCCGUCGAUACAGCGUUAAAUCAAGUUUUUGGACCACCGCCGCCAGUUGAAAACGAUAAAGCAAGUCGAGUUCUGUUUGCUAUGGAAACCGAUAUAAAUCUAAAAUCGGAGAGAAGAGUCAAAAAUCAUUUGGCACCAGGUUUCAGAAAUGCUGGAAGAAAUAAAGAAGUACAAGAUUCCUCAGAAUUCUACAAGGCAAAGGUGGAAAAUAGGCCACUUUCAAUUGAUAGAUCAUCAGUUAAAGAAACCAUCAAUCCAUUAACUGGUCAAAGUUUCAUUGAAUGCGUCGAAACUGACAAAUUCGGCUCAUAUUCUGCCAGUUAUAUUGCAGAAAAAGGAGCGAAUGGUCUGCUUAAAUUGACAAGUGGAGUGGAAUACCAUUUCUCAGAUACAAAUACACCUGGAACAUCUAGAUCUUCUUUUGAUCCGUCAAGUUUAUCACAACCAUCUACAUCUAGCGGAUUAUUUCCGGGAAGAGGACGUGGAUAA